AUGGCCACUUUUCUGCAAAGUGGCCUGAGUUCUGCAGAUUUUCCAAAGAUGGUCUUGAAAUUAUUUUAUUUUUCAGAUACAAAUGAUUGUUACUUGUGUCCAGAAGGAAGCUAUCCAAACAAGAAUCAGGAUUCCUGUAUUCCUAAAACGUUGACAUUUUUGUCUUACAAGGAACAUUUGGGAAUCAGUUUAGUCUUCUUUGUUCUUUUAUUGUUUUUGCUCUCAGUGGUGGUGCUUGCAAUAUUUGUGAAGAACCACAAUACUCCUAUCAUCAUUGCCAAUAACCGAGACCUCACUUACACUCUCCUCAUCUCCCUCCUGCUCUGCUUCCUUUCUGCACUCCUAUUCAUUGGUCAUCCUGAGAAGAUGGUAUGUCUCCUGCAGCAAACAACUUUUGGGGUUGUAUUUGCAGUGGCUGUUUCUUUAGUUUUGGCAAAAACCAUCACAGUGGUUCUGGCUUUCCUGGCCACCAAGCCAGGAUCCAAGAUGCGAAUGUUUGUGGGAAAGAGACUGUCCAACUCCAUUGUCAUUUCCUGUUCUCUUAUUCAAAUAGGUAUUUGCAUGACAUGGCUAACAACUUCUCCCCCAUUCCCAGACACUGACAUGGAUUCGGUAAUUGAAGAAAUUAUUCUGGAGUGCAAUCAAGGUUCUGUGACUAUGUUCUACAGUGUCCUAAGCUAUUUGGGUUUCUUGGCUGUUAUUAGUUUCAUAGUUGCCUUCAUGGCCAGGAAAUUACCUGAUACAUUCAAUGAAGCCAAGUUCAUCACUUUCAGCAUGUUGGUCUUCUGCAGUGUUUGGAUAUCCUUUGUUCCAACUUAUUUGAGCACCAAGGGGAAGUACAUGGUGGUGGUGGAGAUAUUUUCCAUUGUGGCCUCUAGUGCUGGUUUGCUGGGCUGCAUCUUUCUUCCUAAAUGUUAUGUAAUUGUUUUAAGGCCUGAUUUGAACAACAGGGAAAAUUUAAUGAAGAGGAAAAAAUACUGA